GGCCCCGGCUCCGCAGUCCGGAGAGCGAAGGAAGCCCGCGAGAGCCUCUCUUCUUGAUCCGAUUCCAGGAAGGGUCAGUGCGGCAGGGCUGCAGCCAGCCAGCAGCCAGGAUGUCCCUGAAGGCCGUGGUGCUGGCGCUGGCCCUGGUGGCUGUCACCGGCACGCUGGCCGAGGUCAAUCCCGACGAGGUGGCCACUGUGGUGUGGAACUACUUCCGGCAGCUGGGCGACAAUGCCAAGGAGGCGGUGCAGCAAAUCCAGAAGUCUGAGCUCACCCAGCAGCUCAACUCCCUCUUCCAGGACCAAGUGGACGACGUGAACGCCUACGCGAGCAAACUGCAGAAGAAGCUGGUGCCCUUCGCCACGGGGCUGAGCGAGCGGCUGACCAGGGACUCAGAGCAGCUGAAGGAGCAGAUCCAGAAGGAGCUGGAGGAGCUGCGGGCGCGGCUGCAGCCGCACGCCCAGGACGUGAGCCAGCGCAUCGAGGACGGCGCGCGGGACCUGCAGCAGCGCCUGGGGCCCUACGCCGAUCAGCUGCGCGCCCAGGUCCGCUCGCAGGCCGAGCAGCUGCGCAGUCAACUGAGCCCCUACGCGCAGCGCAUGGAGACGCUGCUGCGCGACCAGAAGGACAACCUGCAGGCCUCGCUGGCGCCCGUGGCCGACGAGCUGCAGGGCCUGAUCGACCGCAACGUGGAGGAGCUCAAGGGGCGCCUCACGCCCUACGCCGACGACCUCAAGCUCAAGAUCGACCAGAACGUGGAGGAGCUGCGCCGCAGCCUGACGCCCUACGCGCAGGACGCCCAGGAGAAGCUCAACCACCAGCUGGAGGGGCUGGCCUUCCAGAUGAAGAAGAACGCCGACCUGCUCAAGACCAAGCUCUCGGCAGACGCGGAGCAGCUGCGCCGCAGCCUGGCCCCCCUGGCGGAGGACGUGCGCGGCAAGCUGGGCAGCGGCGCCGAGGGGCUGCGGCAGUCCCUGGCGCAGCUCGGCGGCCAGCUGGACGCCAAGGUGGAGGAGUUCCGCCGCAGCGUGGAGCCCCACGGCGACGCCUUCAACAAGAUCCUGACGCAGCAGGUGGAGGAGCUCAAGCAGAAGCUGGGCCCCCAGUCGGGGGACGUGCAAAGCCACCUGGUUUUUCUGGAGAAGGACCUGAGGGAGAAGGUGAACUCCUUCUUCAGCUCGCUGCAGAAGGAGGGUCAGGACCAGCCCGUGCAGGAAGGCCAGGACCAGCCCGUGCAGGAGGGCCAGGACCAGCCCGUGCAGGAGGGCCAGGACCAGCCCGUGCAGGAGGGCCAGGACCAGCCCGUGCAGGAGGGCCAGGACCAGCCCGUGCAGGAGGGCCAGGACCAGCCCGUGGCGCCCCCCCUCCCCGAGCAGACCCAGGAGCAGCCGCCCGUGGGGGCCUGAGCUGCCCCUGGUGCCCACGCCCCGCCCUGGAGACCUGCCCCGCCCCACCACCUGUCAGUCGGUCUUUCCCAAAGCAAUUCCCUUUCGAGUUUGAGGAACCCUCUCCUCGAGCAGACCCAGGAGCAGGCGCUCCUGGGGGCCUGAGCUGCCCCUGGUGCCCACGCCCCGCCCUGGACACCUGCCCUGCCCCGCCACCUGUCUGUCCGUCUGUCCCAAAGCAAUUCCCUUUAGACUUUGAGGACAUGUGUCCUGUGGAAAAUGCCUCUAGCUCUCACUACUCAAUAAAACUGCUAAGGAACUAGCCCA